CGCACAGCGAGGCGAGCGGAAGCCGAUGGGGAGCUGUGUAGCAGCAGCAGGAGGGUGAGGGAAGGAGGGAGGGAGGGCGGCGCUGACCCGACUGUUUGACACCAGCCCCCACGCCCCCCCCCCCGGGCGGGUGGAGAGUGCGCACGCGGCCUCGGGCUGGCUUUGAUAAAAGAACGCCGCCGCCGCCGCCUGCACCACACACGGUGCCUGGCAAUUGUCGGUUUAAAACAACCCCGCCACUAACUACUUGCAAGAGGUGGGCUUUUGAUGUAGAGAACAGUUAAAACAAUUUCUAACGUCGUCCACUCCCAAAGGCCUAGUCCACUUAGCCGCUUAUCAACUCUACCUCCUCCAUGUGGAUUCAAAGACUCUCCCUCCCGUACCAUGGCGAGAAAAAUAGUUAGCAGAAAGAGAAAGGCUGCGGAAUUAGAGCCGGAGCAGUGCAGCCAGGAUCAAACACUCUGUAAGAAGAAGAAGCUACCGCUUGUGAAGAAGUCCUUUGUCUGUUACCUCGCAGGUCAACAGAUUAAGCUUCGGAAUGAGCAGAGCUACCAUCAUGCACUGCGUGGCUAUGCAGCUCACAGACUACCUGCCCUUUUGAAGGAGGAAGAAUUCCAAUUCGGAACCCUGAACAAGGUGUUUGCAUCCCAGUGGCUGAACCACCGGCAAGUAGUGUGUGGGACAAAAUGCAAUACGCUAUUGGUGGUGGAUGUUAUGACUGGACAGAUAACAAAAAUUCCCAUGCUGAAGGACCAAGAACAGCCCAGUGCCAUCGUAGACCAACAAGGUUGUGGUAUUCAUGCCAUUGAAUUGAACCCUUCUCGUACCUUAUUAGCAACUGGAGGAGACAACCCAAACAGCAUUGCUGUUUAUCGACUGCCAACUCUGGACCCUGUUUGUGUGGGAGAUGAUGGACACAAAGACUGGAUUUUUUCAAUUGCAUGGGUUAGUGACACAAUGGCAGUUUCUGGUUCCAGGGAUGGCUCUAUGGGCUUAUGGGAAGUAACUGAAGAAGUACUAAGCCAAACUGACAUAAGUAUGGAUCCCACACAAGUCCCAAGUUACACCCACAUAACACACAAAGCUUUGAAGGAUAUUCCCAAAGAAUACACAAAUCCUUAUAACUGCAAAGUGCGUGCUUUGGCCUUUAACAAUAACAGCAAGGAGCUUGGUGCAGUAUCUCUUGAUGGUUACUUUCAUUUAUGGAAAGCAGAAGAAAACUUGACAAAGUUGCUGUCCACCAAGUUACCUCAUUGUCGUGAAAAUGUUUGCUUAGCAUAUGGACAAGAAUGGUCUGUAUAUGCUGUGGGGUCCCAAGCGCAUGUUUCUUUCCUUGAUCCAAGACAACCACAAAGCUAUGUAAAAUCAGUCAGUUCGAGGGAACGGGGCAGUGGUAUUCGAUCUGUAAGCUUCUAUGAACACAUCAUAACAGUCGGAACUGGACAAGGCUCUCUACUUUUCUAUGACAUCAGAGCUCAGAAGUUUAUGGAAAGGCUUUCUUCUAUAACAAACUACAACAGUGAAAAGCUGAAACCCAAGUCUGGUGAAGAGAUUUUAAAAUUAACAUCAGGGAAGGGUUGGUUGAAUCACGAUGAAACAUGGAGGAAUUACUUUUCAGACAUCGAUCACUUCCCGAAUGCAGUCUAUACACAUUGUUAUGACUCCUCUGGAACAAAACUUUUUGUUGCAGGGGGUCCCCUGCCAUCAGGUCUUCAUGGAAAUUAUGCAGGCCUGUGGAGCUAACAACCCCUUGCCAUGUACUGUAUUUGCAGAUCCGUUGCAUUUUAUUUCUUGGGUUUCACAUUACAGUAAUCCUUCCAAUGUUUUGAAUAUUGUGUGAAAUACACAAUAUUUCUGUUUCAACUCUACAACUGUCUUUUAUUUCUUUUAAUUUGUGUCAGUGCUUCAGUUUUUCCAUUUCCUUCCUGAUGUAAGUUUCUUAUUGAAAAUGUAUGUAGGUUUAAACUGGUUCACUACUGAUAGUGAGAUAGGGUCCAUUAAUUAAUGCGUGACCACUACCAGAUUUUCUGUGAAAGUUUGGAGGGGUGUAAUGUGUGUAAAGGUACUUUGUGUCAAUUAAAUACGAAAAAACUUAAUUGAGUCUGUGCAGGAGUGAUGCAUUACCUUCACAUAUAUCAAAAUAUGUUAACAGUUUUAGUCCAUGUUUCAGAUGGACGUGUGAUUCUAUUUGUAACAAAAUGUUGAAUGUUUUGAAAUAUAAGCCUAAUGAUACCCAGAGAUUCAUAAAUUGUUAAUAAAGCUGCAUGAAUAGAAUUUGUACAUUUAAAAAUUUUAAAUUCAAGGUACAGUAUUAUGAACCAGACCUUUGCUUCCGUGUUUUGAAUAGUAGCAAAUGGUUAUAAAUUUGUUUGACCUCUUAUAGGCAAUGGCAUUUUCAAUAACAAGGAUAUUAUUUUAAAAUUGCUAAGUCACAACAAAUAACUUUGGGUAAAUACAGCAAUUUCAAUUCAUUUCAAUAACUAUAAUUAGUUGGCAUAUGUUUAGCAUCCAGUGCAAGAAAAUAUGUAGGUCUAUAUUGCUUGCAAUGGGUGUUCCUUGUUCUAAUAUGUACCAGUGGGAAUUAAAGAUGUAUUAAGAUAA